AUGCAGAAAGAGGAGGAAAAGAAGGGAGACGCGGAGGGAUUAGAGUUACUUCGCCGGUGGCCAUGUUGGAGUUGGACUGAGGAAAUGAAGGCGAUGAGAGUACGAGCUACGAGGACUGGAGGGAGUUUGGAUUUGAAUCGAAUCGAUUGGAGAAAUGGAAAGGCGGGUGGAGAGGAGAGGAGGGAGAGUGGGAGGUCCAGACCUGAGAUUUGUGAAGCCGUAGCUGAGCUUUUCGCGGGAGCAGAGAACAACUGUACCAAUCUCCGACCCUCGCUCCGAUCUAAACAACAUGCCAACUUCCCAACCCGAACCUUCCCCUGCGCUGCGACUGCACUGCAGCAACUCAAAAGCAAGUGGCAAGGGAAGAGAUCGUUUUGA